GCCGUUUACCAUCAGUCUUAAUAGAUUCCAUCAGCUUUCUUUGCCUAGAUUCUACGAGGAUGCGCUUUGAAAUCAUCUGUUUGUUGGCCUUUGCCGUGCUUUCUGCCUAUGCCACGGUAGAGAAGAAAGAUGAUAAAGAUCGUUUUCUCUUGAACGCAAACACUGCCACCAUCUCAUUUUCUACCUUUACCAUAAUCAAAAGAAGCACUACCGUCACUUCCACAUUGACCAGUACCACCACUUGCACCACCUCAACAGCCGCUCUGACUACCUGCACCAUCGGUCGUCGUCGACGUGGCCUCUUCUACGAUGAAGCUACAGCCCAGGGACGCAAUCGCCGUGGUCUUUUCUACAACGAUGAGGAAGUCGAAGACAAACAAGGCAGCACUUUCCUUGCUACGGACAAAAAGGCUAGCGAUCCUGUAAAUGAAGUUCCGGCUUUCAAAACAGCCGCCGCUGAUGAGGAACUCAUUCCGUUGGAAGUUCAGGCCGGUUUCUCGCUGCCUGCCGGACAAGAAGGCAACCGAUUCUUGUUGGCUUUUGGUACAUCGACUAUCACCAGCUACGUCUUGACAUCGAGCACCAUCAGCUUGACUGCCUUCUGCAGUAGCACCACUGGCUUUGCGCUCUGUGGAAAUGUAGGAAAAUAAGAAGCAAUGAGCCUGUACUGGUCUCAAGCUGCUGAGCACGUUGGUCAGACUCUUCCGUCAAUAUAAACAAAUCACAUUAUAUCCCGUGUUACAAGAACUAUUCUUCCAGAACUCCCAGUUUGUUGCUCCCUAUUUUCCCUACAGUACAUUCCAAGUUCUCAAUCUUAACCGUCACAAGAAAGCACUAUCCUGAAAUACAUUUCUAUUUAGGGCUUACGUCUUUGAAUUACCACUUGUUGUUGAUGAGGAAAUGUUCACGAAUAAUGUGAUAGUGAAAUUGUAAUUGUACUAAAGGAGUACUGAUCUAUUUAUCCGCUCGAUAUCCAUGUCUCUUCUUCUCAUUGAAUUACACAUUUUAGCAGCAACACAA